GGAUACUGCUUGUGUUGUUUUAUUUAUUACAGGUUGUGCCGAUACGAAGGCAUGACUCUCCAACGGGUCACCUGUACAGCAAGAGCAAGAGCAGGACCGCCAGCCCGCCUCGGCCCCUCAGCCCGCCCCAAAGCUCCCUCCAUGGCCUCCUGCAGGGCUUGAGGUGUUCAGGCUCCCCACACUGCUGCCCCACGCAGUGCCAGGGCAGUGCCACACCUGUAAUCUGCGACGCCAUGCCCGGUUUGAGGGCGCCGCUAGACUGGAGUUGCCGGAGCCAGUGUUGACGUCGGACAUGAUGCCACACUUUGAGGACGUAGCGAUCAUUCCUAACCCCGGGGAGCGCGCCGAGGCCAUGCGCCAGCUGAUCAACCGCCUGCCAACCGCCAACCGCCUGCUGCUACAAUACAUGUUCAAGCAUAUGGGACACAUCAUUGCAAGGCAUCUUGUCAGCCGUCCCAGCCUCUCGUCACCCUAUCCCCGCUGGACUCUGGGUAAAGACGUGACCAACCCCCAGCCUCCAGCCUCUUGUCACACCUCCAAGCCUUUCCCCGCUGGACAUUGCUUCGAGACGUGAUGAAAAACAACAGCCUCCAGCAUUUGCCACACCUCCGAGCCUCUCUCCUCGUCAUUUGCCCGGUGGACCCUGGACGAGGAGGACGUGAGGAAGAGGAGGUGAAGAUGAAGACGAGGAAUAAGUGGUUGUGCCGAUACGAAGGCAUGACUCUCCAACGGGUCACCUGCACAGCAAGAGCAAGAGCAAGACCGACAGCCCGCCUCGGCCCCUCAGCCCGCCCCAAAGCUCCCUCCAUGGCCUCCUGCAGGGCUUGAGGUGUUCAGGCUCCCCACACUGCUGCCCCACGCAGUGCCAGGGCAGUGCCACACCUGUAAUCUGCGGCGCCAUGCCCGGUCUGAGGGCGCCGCUGGACUGGAGUUGCCGGAGCCAGUGUUGACGUCGGACAUGAUGCCACACUUUGAGGACGUAGCGAUCAUUCCUAACCCCGGGGAGCGCGCCGAGGCCAUGCGCCAGCUGAUCAACCGCCUGCCAACCGCCAACCGCCUGCUGCUACAAUACAUGUUCAAGCAUAUGGGACACAUCAUUGCAAGGCGUUCAGACCCGGGGCGACACUUCGACAACCCGCCACUCAACCACCACACAGCCGCGCUCAGCCACAACCCAGCAACCACAGCCACGGAGAGUGUUUGGAGAGUUCUUGGACGUGACCAACCCCCAGCCUCCAGCCUCUUCUCACACCUCCAAGCCUUUCCCCGCUGGACAUUGCUUCGAGACGUGAUGAACAACAACAGCCUCCAGCAUCUGCCACACCUCCGAGCCUCUCUCCUCGUCAUUUGCCCGGUGGACCCUGGACGAGGAGGACGUGAGGAAGAGGAGGUGAAGAUGAAGACGAGGAAUAAGUGGUUGUGCCGAUACGAAGGCAUGACUCUCCAACGGGUCACCUGCACAGCAAGAGCAAGAGCAAGACCGACAGCCAGCCUAGGCCCCUCAGCCCGCCCCAAAGCUCCCUCUAUGGCCUCCUGCAGGGCUUGAGGUGGUCAGGCUCCUCACAGUGCUGCCCCUCGCAGUGCCAAGGCAGUGCCACACCUGUAAGCUGCGGCGCCAUGCCCGGU